AUGAUGUACACCAAGCACUGGGCGCUGGUGGACGCGUGUACGGCCAACAAGAUCCCCUUCAGCCACCUCUGGGGCGCGUUCAGCAACCACCUCCCCAACGCCCAGGCUAAGACCAUUGAGCACUUCUGGUAUUUGUUUGCUCCCUGGUACGACACGUACCUCUUCACGAUGCGCGGCGUGGUGCUCGUCAAGUGCUUGCGCCGCGGCCGACUCAACAUGUCCACCCCGGCGCGGCACCACCACCUGCUGGUCGGCGAGGCCGCCUUCUUCCUCGUCCAGCUCCACGAGCACAUCAAGCCUCGCAAGGUCAAUCCGCAAGCGGGCGACCUCGGCGAGCUGUACGCCACCGCCGCCGCUCUGGCCGAAGACCACUGGGCCGAGUUUGUGAGCCAGCGCACACGCUACGGGCUCGUGCUCGGGGUCACCCCAGAACUGAACCAAGUGAUCUCGGCGUCGAGUGCCCGUGAGGCGCCGGCCACACCGUACCCCGUCCUCAGGCCGCCCAUGAUUGCGCCGUACGCCGCGCCGCACGCGGGCGGGUGGGAGGCGCUGGGCAAGUUUCUCGAGUGGCACCUCGUAAGUCGUUACACGGGGGAGACUGACGCACGCCAGCUUGUAGCCCUCGGACAGCUCAUCACCGCGGCCAAGGUCAACGCGAUCAACGCGUACAGCGGCGCCAACGGCCUGACGCUCGCCGGCGUGCUGGCGCUCCUCCGCGGCCGGGAGGGCCACGCCACGGCCACCAGCACCCGCCUCUACUUUGAGCGCGCGUUCGAGGUGCGCCUGGCCAUAGUCCGCGCGGCGGUGUUCUCGCAGGCCGAGCUCGCGCGCCUGCCGGUGCAGGUGGGCAACGCGGUCCUGAGGGGCGGCAGCCACGUUUCGUGGUCGAGCGACACCCCGUCGCACACCCCAUAG